AGGAUAGUACUAGAAACCUCAGCCUGUAGAAAUCCAACAAUCAUCAAACAAUAUAUCUCUGUACAAUCGUGAGGCACAUCUAGACCUAAUUUUCACAUCAUCUAAUCUCGAAAGGAAACACCCAUAUGGAUUUUGGAAGUGCUAGAAAGAGGGCAAGACCUGAAGCUCCUGCCUUGAAUGGCAAUGCUGCUUUCAAGAAGUCCAAGCAAGAAACGGAGUCCUUUACAACUGGUAUAGGAAGCAAAUCGAAGCCAUGCACAAAGUUUUUCAGCACUGCAGGGUGUCCAUUUGGAGAGGGAUGCCAUUUCUUACAUUACGUACCAGGUGGCAUCAAAGCUGUAGCCCAAAUGACUGGCAACAAUCCAGCAGCCCCUGCCCGAAAUCAUGGGCAACCAUCAUUUGGACAACCAUCAUUUCCCGACGGUUCGUCACCCCCGGCAAUCAAAUCCCGUUUGUGCAACAAAUACAACUCUGCUGAAGGGUGCAAAUUUGGUGAUAAGUGUCACUUUGCACAUGGUGAAUGGGAGUUGGGCAGACCGACAGUUCCUUAUCAUGAAGACCCACGUGGCAUGGGACCGAUGCCUGGUAGCAGGUUUGGUAGUCGCAUGGAGCCAACCCCUCCAAGCUACGGAACUGGAACAAGUUUUGGGGCUAAUGCCACAGCAAAGAUUAGUGUUGAUGCAUCACUUGCUGGAGCUAUAAUUGGUAAAAAUGGCGUCAACUCUAAGCAAAUAUGUCGCCAGACUGGGGCAAAGCUUUCCAUCAGAGAACACGAGGCUGAUCCAAAUCUAAGGAACAUCGAACUGGAGGGUACUUUCGAUCAGAUCAAACAAGCCAGUCAGAUGGUUCAGGAGCUUAUUGUGAGCAUCGGAUCAGCCUCUGGACCGCCACCAAAAAGCCAUGCAAUGUCUGGUACUGGUCCAGCAAACAACUUCAAGACAAAGCUCUGUGAGAAUUUCGCUAAAGGAUCAUGCACUUUUGGGGACAGGUGCCACUUUGCACACGGUGCAGAAGAUUUGCGCAAGUCAGGAAUUUGAGCAGAAAAAUCACCCCACUUGCUUGGUUGCGGCUGUUUACAUCUCAGAUGUGAUCUUAGUUGGUUUGUUUUAGUUUCUUUUUUCAAUUUUCAUAUUCGGGAGUCUUGGAAUUUGAAACUGGGAUUAAAGUAUGGAGUUUUAGUAGUUUUUGACAGUUUAGAUGCUGCCUCUCACCUCUGAUCUACUUGUUGGCAUGAUUUAACAUUUGAAUGUCUUGCUUUCUUUAGACCUGGUUAUGUUUUAAGGUGCUUCCUGACAAAGUGGCAAUCCGUGUUAAUCGUCUCCUUGAAUAAAUUUGGACAGCUUUUUAUUGGUGUGGUAA